GUCCUUCGUGUCGCUGUUGCUGAGAAGGUGGAGGUGCUGCACCUCCUUCAUUGUCUGAGUAAAGGCACCGGGAGUGGAUCCACCACUCGGUUCAAUGUAAUCCCGUCUCUCCAGGGUUCUCACUCACUCAGUCGUCCGCCAUGGCGACCGCAAAAAGCCUCCUGUCCUGUCUCAUGAGCAACAUCUAGGACUCACUGCGGGGCUGCGUUUCUUUCUGUGCGGACGGGUGGACGUGGAUGUAAUAUCUCAUUCCAUCUGGGAGAUAGAUACGAGUGGACGAGCCCGCAUUUCGACAGAAGAGGCUGGACAGUGAGCAGUGCAGUGCACGAUGGCAGAGCCAGACCCAGAGCCAAUAGCGUCUGGAGCAGGGCAGCGCCUCGGAGCCCCAGAGACUCUUGGCAUCAGUACGUUGGACCCGGGGCACAGACCUCCAGCCAUGCCCCCUGGACGCCAGGUCACCAUCAGGGUCCGCAUGUUGGACGACACAGAGGAGCUCUUUGACAUCUCGCAAAAAGCCUCAGGCAAAGUGCUGUUUGACCUGGUGUGUUCUCAUAUGAACCUCAUUGAGGGGGACUACUUUGGCCUGGAGUUUCAGAAUCAUCAAAAGAUGGUGGUUUGGUUAGAUCAUAUCAAGCCCAUUAUCAAGCAACUCAGACGGCCAAAGCACACGAUCCUGAGGUUCUCUGUGAAGUUCUUUCCUCCAGAUCAUGCCCAGCUUCUGGAGGAGCUGACAAGGUACUUGUUUGCCCUCCAGAUCAAACAGGAUCUUUCCGGCGGUCGUCUGACAUGCAAUGACAGCAGUGCAGCACUCAUGGUCUCCCAUAUUAUCCAGUCUGAGAUCGGGGACUUUGAGGAGAGUCAGUGCCGGUCACACCUCCUCAAUAACAACUACAUCCCAGACCAAAUGCCCCUGAUUGACAAGAUCAUGGAGUUUCACUCAAAGAAUAUAGGUCACACACCAGCAGAAUCAGACUAUCAGUUACUCGAAGUGGCUCGCAGGCUGGAGAUGUACGGGAUUCGCCUUCACCCCGCCAAGGACCGUGAAGGCACGAGGCUGAGCCUGGCUGUAGCACACACUGGUGUUCUGGUCUUUCAGGGUCACACUAAGAUUAACGCUUUCAACUGGGCUAAAGUGCGUAAACUAAGCUUCAAGAGGAAACGGUUUCUCAUCAAACUGAGGCCAGAUCUAAAUAGUUCAUAUCAGGACACGUUGGAGUUUCUGAUGGCCAGCAGGGACUGUUGUAAAGUCUUCUGGAAGAUCUGUGUCGAAUAUCAUGCCUUCUUCCGCCUCUUUGAGGAGCCUAAGCCCAAACCCAAGCCUGUUCUCUUCUCACGAGGCUCCUCCUUCAGAUUUAGCGGUCGCACACAGAAGCAGGUGAUUGAUUACGUGAGGGAGUCUGAGUUUAAGAAGAUCCCAUUUGAAAGGAAACACAGCCGGGUCCAGCGUAACAGUCGAGUCCAACACAACAGCCGCUUGUCGCCGUUGCCUUCUCCACGCCACCAUGAAGUGCCAACAGAAAGUGGUGCUCCCGGGGAUAGAGUUAGAGACUCUUCUCCUCGGUGUCAUUGGAAGGAGUCGGUGCUGGUGAGCGCUGAAGACCCCUCAGCCUCACGAACAACCAGAGCGAGCCCAUACCACCAGAGGAACGGCCACGAGGACAGACCCGGACCAGGAUCCAGGAUUGAGGAGACAAGAUGCUCACCACGACAGACUCACCCAGAACCUCCAAGUACAGGUGUGGUCCCCAACAGUCCUCACCUGUCCGGACUUUCCCAUGGUAUGGUCAACGGUCAGAAGUCACUGGAGCUGUGCAGUCACAGCCCUGAUGGACGCCAGCCUUCCCCCCUCACCAGCCCGCUGCUCAACGACGCCUGCAGCAUUCGCACCGACGAUGAAGACGAUGUCCGGAGGAAGAGGUUUCCAACAGAUCGGGCCUACUUCAUUGCCAAGGAGCUGCUGACCACAGAAAGGACAUAUGUGAAGGACCUGGAGGUGAUAACUGUGUCUUUUCAGAGUGCUGUAGGACAGGACGAGGCGACACCAGACUCUCUGAAAACCACCAUCUUCUCCACUUUUGAGCCUCUACACAAGUUCCACACAGGUUUUCUCAGGGAGGUGGAACAGAGGCUCGCUCUGUGGGAAGGACGUUCUAAUGCUCAUAUUAAAGGAGACUACCAGCGCAUUGGAGAUGUCAUGUUGAAGAACCUUCAAGACUUAAAGCCUCUGACAACAAACCUGCAUAAACAGUCUGAGGUUCUAGUGGAGCUGGAGAAGGCGUGCAGGUUGUCACGUAGGUUGGAGGGUCUCUGCAGGGACUUUGAGCUCCAGAAGGUCUGCUACAUCCCCUUCAAUGUCUUCAUUCUAAGGCCCUUGCAUCGACUCAUUCACUACAAGCAGAUCCUGGAGCGGCUGUGUAAACACUACCCAGCUACUCAUGUGGACUUCAGAGACUCCAGAGCUGCUCUGGCAGACGUAUCUGAAGUAGUGGACCAGCUCCAGGGAAGCAUAAUCAAGAUGGAGAAUUUCCAGAAACUUUUAGAACUGAAGAAGGAUUUAAUUGGCGUCGACAAUCUUGUUGUUCCUGGUCGGGAGUUCAUCAGGUUAGGCUGCCUCAGCAAACUAUCUGGAAAAGGACUUCAGCAACGAAUGUUUUUCCUGUUCAAUGACGUCAUUUUGUACACAAGUCGAGGGAUGACAGCGACGAAUCAGUUCAAAGUGCACGGGCAGCUGCCGCUUCAGGGCAUGACAAUCAGAGAGAGUGAAGAUGAGUGGGGUGUGCCUCACGCCUUCACAUUGGUUGGACAGCAACAGUCGGUGGUGGUGGCAGCAAGUUCUUUGACUGAAAUGGAAAAGUGGAUGGAAGACAUAAAGGUGGCGAUAGAAAUGGCAAAAACCAGUAAUGGGCCUUCAUCAGACCUGUUGACCAGUAACAUGACCGACAACAAAUGCCUUGAGGACUCCUCGGUGGAGGCCGAGUCUGAGGACGACACCACAGCGUCGCACGCCUCCACGGAAAGGCCGGCCCCUCACCGUGGUAACACCAUGGUGCACGUGUGCUGGCACAGGAACACCAGUGUGUCCAUGGUGGACUUUAGCAUAGCUGUGGAGAACCAACUGUCAGGAAACUUACUGAGGAAAUUCAAGAACAGCAACGGCUGGCAGAAGCUCUGGGUGGUCUUCACCAACUUCAGCUUGUUUUUUUACAAGUCUCACCAGGAUGAUUAUCCACUGGCUAGCCUUCCUCUGCUCGGGUACUCAGUCACCAUCCCCUCAGAGUCUGAAAACAUCCACAAGGACUACGUCUUCAAACUGCAUUUUAAAUCCCACGUGUACUAUUUCCGAUCAGAGAGUGAAUACACUUUUGAGAGGUGGAUGGAGGUGAUCCGCAGUGCAACAGUCCCCUCCAGUCGCUCCCGUGUCCUGAACAGCAAAGAGUCCCAUCCUCACUGAGUCGACUCACCUGUUUUCCACAUGUUCUUGGGUGGCAUCUGCCCUUCUCUACCCUGGACUCUUUGCUUUUCUUUUCUACACAUAUCUGGGACAUUUGUACAUGUGUCCAUGCACAUUUGGUGCUUUUUAAUGCUUUAAUGGUGACAUGUCCGCUGGUUUAGACUGCAUCAGAGACUGCAUUUUUUGGCAUUUUUACUCAACUCUGAAACCUCUUUUUAAGGAUGUCAUUUUAUACUGUUUUCUAAUGGUCUGAACCACUUCCUAUCUUUCUGGUUUUACAUUUUGUCAUUGGUUGUUUUUACAGCAGAAACAUGUUAAUAUAGAUCUUCAGUAUUCUUUCGUAGAUGGUUAAGCUGUCACCGCAUUGUCACAGAAUUUUUGUCUACUCGUUCAUUUUAUUGAAAAUGGCUGCUUUGAAAAUGUCCCGCAACUUCAGUGCCAAACAAAAUUUAUAUUCAGCAUCCUGAACUUUGUAAUGCAGUUUUGUCACAGUGGUGAUAAGGAGUUUAUCCUUAUGCCAUGAAAUUUUAAAUCAUGUAUAAAAGGCCACCCUUUAAAGGAAGAAGCUCUGGCCCAGCACAAUGUGUUAUUGUCAAAAGAGAAAGAAUCUAUGAAAUUAUUUUGUUGUAUUAUUGACGUAAUCCUAGAUUUGAUCACAAUGUGGCCUGGGUAGCUGCCAUCACCACUAAUGACAUUUCAAGUGAAGUAAAUAUUCCUAUUUGUUGUAUCUUUCUUGUAUGAAUACUUAUCAGUUUCCCUUUAUUUCUAAGUUAAGUUCCCCUUAAACUGUAUGAGAAAAUGUGAGACAUGCUCAUAAUCAUUGUAUUAUGAAGGUAACUGUAAUUGAAAGCUUUAAAGAUUAUGUGUGAAACAAAAUAGAAACUUUCAGUUCCAAGCCGCUGCCCUCACUGAACUAGGCUGCUUCCCAUAUACAGAUACUAGAUCUUUUUAUGGGUCUAAAUGAAUGGAAAUAUGCAUUUGACAGGGUUUUGCAGUGAAGCAUAUGAGAUGGAAAACCUCAGUUCUGCUUAGAAUUGCAGCUUUUCCAGACAACAGAGAGCUCUUUGGAAAUGAAAGCAAUAAAAAAAAACUUACUCCAAGUUA